AUGGGCAAGAAGGGCAAAAAGACUAGAUGGCGGGAGCUGCCCAUCACCCUGGCGGAUAAACCAUAUGCGGCUGCCGAACAACCGUCUGGCCGUCACGCGACGGACCAGAAACCGGCGAAUUUUGCCGCGGCGGCAGGCAGACGAAGUCAUCACACUCAACACCAAACUACGUACCAACAGCAUCAGUUGCCGAACAGAAAUAACAAUUCAACGGGUGUCAGUCCACAGAAUAAUCAAGUGGAAUCUUCGACAGUCACGUUUAACGAGGAUGAAUACACAAAGAUCACAACUCCUAGACAAGACGUUUUGUUCAAAAAAGGUUACUUGGGAAGACGCAAGCACAGUAGUGUACCAGUCAUUACUGAAGUUUUAAAUGAAAAUGAAGACGGUGUUUCAAUUGAUAUCAACCCUUUGGACGAGUUGUGUGCUUACGGUGAAUAUGUUGACCCGUCUAUGAUGUACAUCCUUAGUGGCGGCGGAUACGAGAUCUACGAUCCGUACACUGGUAUAGCGACCAGGCUGAUGGGACCUCCACCGGGUCAUUUUCCGCCUGUCGGACAUCCGAUGCUGUACCAGCCGAUGCCGAUGCAACCCGUCGACUGGUACAACCCUUCGAACGCAACUUCCGACUGGAUAUCCGGUGGUACCGUUUACCAGCCGAAUAACAGAUACCACAAGAGAUCAACGACUGCCGACGCUCAGCAGAACGGCAGUGCUCAGAGUUCAGAAGUGGGAAUCGGUGGUGCCCAGGAAUCGAGUCUGGACGAUCAGCAGAGUUUGUAUCAGUCAAUGCAGCCAUAUAAUAUGUACCCCGGAUAUAUGUUUGGCGCUCCUAUGUACAAUUAUAAUGGUGUAAGCAUUCAAGUUCCACAACCACAGUCUCCUCCUUCGCCUUCAAUUAGUUGUGAUUACACCAACGGAAAACGGCGUAAGAAAAAGAAGCGUAGAAAGCGUGGAGACGUAACUGAUGAAUAUUCAGACUCUAGUUCGGAAGAACAAAAAAGUCAAUCAGGUGCUAGUUGUGACCUCGUACUGGACUCAGAAAAGACCUCUGAUUCGGGCGUGCUAACAAACAAUAGUGGAGGUUCGACACCUGUGAAUGUCAUACCCGUCCAGUUGUCCCACAGCGCACCACCAUUUCAUAUGGAAUGUCCACCACCAUUCGAGAUACUGCACGGAACACCGAUCCUCGUUCACCAUCAUCCGGAUCAAAUUGCCGCAUAUUACCAACCAAUACCACAAUACGCGGAACAAUUAGCCCCGAUUGGUUACCAGGUUAUACCAGAAGAACAAGCUGAAGCAGUAGAGAUCACCGAUGACCAACCAGAUACCGAACCGGCUCCCAGCUAUUCAGCAGAAAACUCUGACUCGGGCAUUAGCUCUCCGAAUAGUGAAGUAAUGGUCAAAGGGUCUACAGAAAAUAAACAUGAAAAACCACAAACUGUUAGUGGCAGCAGUGGACAGCCGGCGACUAAAAAAAGUAGAAAUAAAAAGAGCAAACAGCGAGAAAAAUCUACUACAGAAUCAGUCAUUAAGACGAAGAGUAAAGACUUACCGAAAAAUCAACACGAAGGAAGUAAGAAAUCGUCUAAAAUUGCUAAAGAACCGGCCAUUAUAAAAAAACUAAACGCCAAAAAGAACAAAGCUAGACCAGAACAAGAAAAAUUAGAAACUACAAAACCACUCAAAGAGGAUCAAUCGAAACCAGAGAUAGAAAACAUUUCAGAAGAAAUCAUUCAGUUGUCUAUCAGCCCGGAGACAGAGUGGAUCCAAGAAGAAGAAUUCUGUUCGUUGGAAUGCACUCCCAGGUCUACAACAGACCAUAUUCAAUUUAAAUUCACCAAGACACAAUCCCUCGAUUCUUGUGAAUCCGUGGAAGAGGAAACGUUUGCGACGGCGGUGAACACCGGAAAUUCAGAUACGGAAAACGAAAUUAGACAGGACGAAGUGGGAAAACUCGAAUUGGCAUCACCUAUAAAUGCAGCAGCAGUCCCGGGACCGAUCACGGAAGCCGUGACCAAAUGGUUAAACGAUCAGGGUGGCUUGAUGUUAUCCCCGUGUUUAGACGAUUCGGGCACCGAUGAAGGCGAACUCAGCGAAUACGACGAUUUCGAAGAACACCUAAGUACGACUAGUCCAAAAAACGUGCAAGGCAACCCUUACCCUGCGCUGUCUCGUAGUGACGGGUCAAGGGUUGCUGGUUCUUCAUCUCACGAUCAACGACAAAGCGGACUAAUAUCCAGUGGCAUAUGUUGUUUAACUCAAUAA